AAGUAAAGCAUGUGCGUGCUAAUUUUAUUUUGUACUUCCCCAAAGAAGCCUUAAAUGAAAUUAAGAGCUCAAGUAAAAAAAAUGUAAAUAAGAAGAUCUAUUCAGCCUUUUAAAGACUCUCUAUCAGCAUCGAUUUAACGUCCACAAGCAAAUGAUCUAGUAUUGAAGUUAAAUGCACAAGAAGAGUAUGAUCCGGAAAGAAAGAAUAAGAAAGGCAAAAAAUUACUUAAUAAGCAUGAAGAAAAGUGUAAAAAUUGUAGCAGCUAAAGCAAUAGAUAAAAGAAAUUCAGCAACUGUCGAAAACGUUAAUUUCAAUAACCGAAAAUUCACUACAGAAGUGAAUUGCGUUGUAUAUAAGACCACAGAAAGAAUUCAGUGAUCAUCAGUUUGUGUUUGAUAUUCAGCAUUACAACAGUAGCUUCGUGUUCAGUGUGUGCAUUAAGACAAAAAUUAAAUAAAAUAUUUAAAAAAUAAUUCAGAAAAAAAAUAUUAGUGAUAAAAAAUGGAAUCAUUCCAAAUUAAGUGCAUUUUCCUCAUAUUCUUCGCCACAAUUGGAUUAUCGUGUGCUGCAAUCGCAAAUAAUGAAAUUUUCCCGGAAAAAUCGAGCAUGAAAGCAAAGUGUGAAAGCUCAUAUAAUCUUAUGUGCCUUAAAUUGGAUGUUAUCUCGCUUAUUGAUAGAAUCUCAGCAGCAAAUACGGAAUAUCAACUCACAUCUGGAAUUAGUCUAGUCCGUGAACAUAAUGUGAAUAAGACACAAAAUGCUAAAAUUGUUUCCGAAUUAGCACGUGCCUUCCCAGACAGCGCAGAAAAGAGACUCAACGGAUUUUUAGUUGCCAAAGUUCAAGAAUUCCUUUCAUCAUUUGCCUUAAGAUUCAAGUUAUUGAACGAUGAUGUUGCUUCAGAAGUUGAAUCAUCAAGAAAGGGAGGAUAUGGAGGUGGUGGAGAUGGAUUCGGAAAGAAGGGAGGUGGUGGAAUUCUUGCUAUGGCUUUGAUGAUGAAGGGAGCUAUGGGUGCUAUGGCUAUGGGAGCAGUUGCAGCUCUUGCAGGAAAGGCCCUUCUCACUGGUAUGAUGGCAUUGACACUCGCUGGUAUCGUAGCACUUAAAGCACUCACAAGCAAAGGAGAAAAGAAGACAACAUAUGAAAUUAUCUCAAAACCAGUAUACAGCCAUUCACACAGCUACUCAACUGGACAUAGCGGAGGACAUGGAGGUGGUGGACACUCACACGAAGAUCACGGAGCUUAUAGCGGUGGUGGAUAUGGUCGUGCAUUCACAGAAUUCAAACUUCCAGAAAGCGUGAAAGCAUAAAUCAGAAAUUAUGGUCCAACAAAUGAAUUAAUUAUGAUCAAUCAUGUAAAUUUUAAGG